GCGACCCUGAAGGGCGGUGAUAACAAUAACGCAGGCUGGAAUCGCCGCGGCGGCGGGUGGUCGAGGUUGGAGGGAGUCGACCGGAGGGAGACGGAAGUGGCCUGGGGGAAAGCGGAGGGUGAAGUUGUGAGCUCGCCAUGGGGGCCGUGUUGGGUGUCUGUUCUCUGGCCAGCUGGAUUCCCUGCCUCUGCAGUGGUGCAUCAUGUCUGCUGUGCCGAUGUUGUCCCAACAGCAAGAAUUCCACAGUGACGCGGCUUAUUUAUGCCUUCCUGCUUCUCCUCAGUACUCUUAUUUCAUGCAUAAUGCUGGCACCAGGAAUGGAAAGGCAGCUGCAAAAGAUCCCUAGAUUUUGUGAAGGCUUUGUGGACUGUGAUGCUUUGGUUGGAUACAGAGCAGUCUACCGAAUCAGUUUUGCCAUGGCGGUGUUUUUCUGUCUCUUUGCACUGCUUAUGAUACAAGUGAAAUCAAGUAAAGAUCCAAGGGCUGCUGUGCAUAAUGGGUUUUGGUUUUUCAAGAUAGCUGCAAUUGUUGGCAUCAUGGUUGGAGCAUUUUACAUUCCAGAAGGGCCUUUCACGACAGCAUUAUUUGCUAUUGGUGUUGCUGGUGCCUUCUGCUUCAUACUCAUCCAGCUGGUGCUGCUUAUAGAUUUUGCUCAUUCCUGGAAUGAAUCUUGGGUUGAACGAAUGGAAGAAGGGAACUCCAGAUGCUGGUAUGCUGCUCUACUGUCAUGCACAGGUUUCAACUAUAUCCUAUCAUUCGUUGCCAUUGUGCUCUUCUAUGUCUUCUACACAAAGCCUGAUGGUUGCAUUGAGAACAAAUUUUUUAUCAGCUUCAAUAUGCUUGUGUGCAUUGCUGUGUCUAUCAUGUCAGUACUUCCCAAAGUCCAGGAACAUCAGCCUCGUUCUGGCCUUCUCCAGUCAUCUGUCAUUACUCUCUAUACCAUGUAUCUCACUUGGUCAGCCAUGUCUAAUGAGCCAGAUCGUAGCUGCAACCCGAGCCUUCUGAACAUCAUCACCCAAAUAGCUUCACCUACUGCUAUCUCAGUCAAUGCAACUGAUGUCCCUCUUCUUCCUACUCCUACACCACAAAAAUCCCCACAGUGGUGGGAUGCUCAGAGCAUUGUUGGGCUUAUUAUCUUUGUACUUUGUCUCUUGUACUCCAGCAUCCGUUCUUCGAACUACAGCCAAGUGAACAAACUGACUCUGUCUGCAAGUGACAGUGUCAUUCUGGAUGAUGCUUCUGGUGCUGCUGCUGGUGAUGCAGAGGAUGGGGAACCCAGGCGGGUCUUGGACAAUGAGAAGGAUGGUGUCCAGUAUAGCUAUACUUUCUUCCACUUCAUGUUAUUUCUUGCCUCCCUUUAUAUCAUGAUGACUCUAACCAACUGGUACAGUCCUGAUGCUGAAACCAAAACACUGACAAGCAAGUGGCCAGCUGUUUGGGUGAAGAUCUCCUCAAGCUGGGUCUGUCUCCUCCUUUACGUCUGGACUUUAGUGGCACCUCUUAUCCUUACCAAUCGGGACUUCAGUUAAAUGAUAACUUCCCUGAAAGCAUGAAAAUAUGACGUUGUGCUCUGUUGAAAGCCAAAUGUUCUGUAUUGCUUCUUGGAGUCAAGGCUCCAGCCAUCUCUCCUGUAACAUACAGAUGAAUAGAAAGCUAACUUGUAUAAUGCUUGAUGCAAGAUCUACAGUAUGUACAUUUUGAUCCAUUUAAUUCAAAGCUAGCUUUACUAUUAAUCUACUACAGCUGUGCUGUUGAAAGUUUUGUUAAAAGCCUGUUGUGUAAACACCACACACUUAGAAGAAAGCUUAAUUAAGCUGAAAGUAAUAUAUUUUAAAGUUCUGAUGCUUCAGUAUAUGGAAAUGAAAGCCAUACUACAAGUCUGCAUUCCACAUCUGGAAAAUCUAUCCAGUGGCACUUUUUUAAUGGAUAAAAUUUGCUUUUCUCAGUAGAGAACAGCAUGUUAAAUGUAGUGCAUUAAAUGAAAAUUAGUAGCUUUUAGAUCACUGCACAAGGCAAAUUUUAUACAAAAUACUGUUGCAAACAUUAGCAUUUGCUAAUUAAUUUCUUAGUGUUUAAAUAUGCUUUAAGCAAGUUCUUGAAAUUAAGUACUGAAGUGCUGUUUUCUAGUAUGACCAAUGCUUGUAAAAGCCAGUACAUCACUUUCUCCAUCCUGGCAUUUAAUAUUUGCACUAUAAAAACAUUUUAUUAAAAGUC